ACUAUAAAUAACCAUCUACACUUCAACUCCUCUUCACAACUCAUUCCAUCACUCUCCUCACAUCUCCAUUUCGCUAGACACAAUGGCACGUUCAUCCACCGCUCUUGUUUUGGUUCUUUCGUUCGUUCUCAUGAUCGCAUUCGCCGACGUAGCUCAGGGAUACAACAAGCUUCGUCCACAAGAUUGCAAACCGAGAUGUACGUAUAGGUGUUCGGCAACAUCGCACAAGAAGCCAUGCAUGUUCUUCUGCCAAAAGUGUUGCGCCAAAUGCUUGUGUGUGCCGGCUGGUGUUUACGGAAACAAACAGUCGUGUGCUUGCUACAACAACUGGAAGACUCAAGAAGGCAAGCCCAAGUGUCCUUGAUUUCUAUAUCUUAAAGUUUAGAGGGGCUCUAUUGACAACUAUUUAAAGUGGAAGGGGCGAAUUGUUGUUCUCGUGGAAUAAAUUGAAAUGUUUUGUUUUUUUGCACCUAGGAUAUUCAACCAAAUUUGUGUUUUGUCUUUCUUUUAGAAAGUAAUAUUUUUAAUAUAUUGUUUGUUCUUUUUGUAA